AUGGAUGAUGAGAUGGAGAUAGAGAACACGGAGCCACGUGGAACCAAGCGCUCAGCAGCUGAAGCUGAGCUGCCUUCUGGACCUCCCCGAAGAAUCCAGGCGCUCGAUCCAGAUGUUGUCAAUAAAAUCGCCGCCGGGGAGAUUAUCGUGGCUCCCAUGCAUGCGCUGAAGGAGCUAAUCGAGAACUCGGUGGAUGCAGGGUCCACGUCGAUUGAGAUCUUAGUCAAAGACGGCGGCCUUAAGCUCCUCCAGAUUACGGACAACGGACAUGGGAUAGAUCCGGAUGAUCUCCCUAUCCUCUGCGAAAGGUUCACAACAUCGAAAUUGAGGUCCUUCGAGGACCUCUCUUCCAUUGGCACAUAUGGAUUCCGCGGUGAGGCGCUGGCAAGCAUCAGUCACAUUGCCCAUCUCACUGUCACCACGAAGACUGCCAAUUCAAGCUGUGCUUGGAGGGCACACUACAGUGAUGGGAAGCUUGUUCCAGCCAAGCCUGGCCAAAGUGCGAAACCCAAGCCUACCGCUGGACGCGGGGGCACUCAGAUAACUGAGGUCGAGGAUCUAUUCUACAAUGUCCCGACUCGCCGGCGAGCAUUUAGAUCGGCUAGCGAAGAGUACGCCAAGAUCCUGGACGUGGUUGGCCGCUACGCUGUUCAUUGCUCGGGAGUAGCAUUUUCGUGCAAAAAGCAUGGCGACUCCGGAGUCAGCAUCUCCACGGCGGCAAACACAAGUACUAUAGACCGGAUUCGUCAAAUCCAUGGCAGUGCCGUGGCCAACGAACUGAUAGAGUUCAGCGUCGAGGACAAAAAGAAAUUGGGUUUUAAGGCCUCCGGCUAUGUCACCAACGCGAACUACCAUGUCAAACGAACAGUGAUCCUCCUGUUCAUCAACCACCGUUCUGUUGAGUCUUCUGCUCUCCGGAAGGCCGUCGAACAGACGUAUUCGACCUUUCUUCCGAAAGGGGGCCAUCCUUUCGCCUACAUUGACCUGGAAAUCGAGCCGCAGCGGGUGGAUGUCAACGUCCAUCCUACAAAACGCGAGGUGAACUUUCUCAAUGAAGACGAAAUUAUCGAGUUGAUCUGCAGCGAGAUCCGGUCGAAGCUGGCGCAGGUGGACUCCAGUCGGACUUUCAUGACCCAGACUCUGCUCCCAGGAGUCAGGGCUCCUGAGGCUGCGGCUCAGGAUACAACAGCUUCGAGUACUACCUUACAAGCGGAGAAAGCAGGUCGUCGAGCAGCUACAGCGUCUCAGAAGCCGUAUGAGCAUAAUCUAGUCCGCACGGACUCGAGAAUGCGUAAGAUCACAUCGAUGCUACCAUCUGCGACCCCCCCGGGCCAAGGCCGGACAGAUGGCGACGACUCUGCUGCAGCAGACGAUGGGAUGCACUACGAGACUACUGACCGCGAACCUAUUCGAAUUGCCCUAACGUCUGUGAAAAAUCUUCGCGCUGCUGUCCGCGCGGCCAUGCACAAUGGAUUGACCGAAAUGUUUGCCACGCAUACAUACGUUGGUCUUGUCGACGAGCGGCGCAGGAUCGCAGCUAUCCAGUCAGGAGUGAAACUGUAUCUCGUCGACUAUGGAAUGAUAUGCAAUGAGUUCUUCUACCAGGUGGGGCUCACAGACUUUGGCAAUUUCGGAGUCAUCAAGCUGGACCCGGCACCGAAACUUAUCGAUCUGCUCAAAAUCGCCGCAGAGGCGGAGCGAGAAGAAUACGCGCUUCGACAGGGACCUGAUAGUGAGGACAUCUUCGACCAGGCUCCGGAGAUGGUUGCAAAGACGCUCAUCGAUCGGCGUGAAAUGUUGGAUGAGUACUUUUCCCUCCAGAUCUCCGAAGACGGAGACCUCCUUUCGAUCCCGCUCAUGCUGAAGGGGUACGUCCCAUCGCUGGCGAAGCUGCCGCGGUUUUUGCUCCGGCUGGGACCGUACGUCAACUGGAAAACCGAGGAGGAGUGCUUCCGCACCUUCUUGCGGGAACUCGCUGCAUUCUACACUCCUGAGCAGCUUCCAACCCCUCGUCGGAAGCAAUCAGCCGAAGGAAAUUCGGACCUGCAGACGACGGACGCUGCAAAAGAAAUCCAAACAACAGCGGCAACAGUGCCCUCUCCCAGCCCUGGAUCCAGGGUGGAAGACGAAGACGAGACGAUCACAACCCGCCGGAACCAGCUGUCCCGGAUGCUGGAACACGUCAUCUUCCCAGCUCUCCGGGCACGACUGGUCGCGACGGGGUCCCUCCUGAACGGCGUGGUUGAAGUGGCAGAUCUGAAAGGAUUGAAAGCGGGAACGGGAACAGGACUGCCUGUGAUAGGAAACCAGAACAGAAUAUCGUAUCUUUCUCGCUAUGUAACACCUUAUCAACGCAAAUAA